AUGAAAAUGAACUCUAUUCCAGCCUUGGCCGCCACCUCAGCCCUCCAGCACACCGCACCCCGCGGGCCCAGCGCUGCGGAGCGCAGCCCCGCUCCCAGCUCGGCCCGCGGCCAGGGCCUGGGCCCCGCGCUCCCGAGGGCGCCCCAGCCCCGGCGGCCCCGCGGCCCCCCACUGCCACAACCGCUCCCCGCCGCUGGCGGCCCCGCCGGGGCUCGGCCUCCUCCCGGCCCUGGCCGCGCCACUUCUGGGCCGCGGCCUAAAAAUGGCGGAGGCGGCCGCACUUCCCAGGUCGCUCACCCCCGCGCCCGCCCCCGCUCCAGCGCCCAGCCGCACUCACCGUCCGGCCUGUCUCUCGUACCCCGCCUCCGUGCCCUGCCGCCUCGCCACCUGCCUCGUCCCUCCGGGCCCGGAAGCCGCCGCCGCCGCCUCACGAACCCCCACCGCGGCCGGCCGCCAUCUUCCUUCCCCCACCAGCGACCGGGCGGCGCAGGCGCCCAACGUCAGCACGCCCGGCGGCGCGAGGGGCACGGCCGUUGGGAGACGGCGGGCAGGGCGCAGGCGCGCGGGACGAGGCGCGCGGGGCAGGGCGCGUGCGGCUUCCGCGGGCCCUUCCGCCGCGUCCCCGCCCGCGCCCGCUCGCCAGCGGCCCGGCAGGCCCCGCCCCUCGCAGGUAGAGGCGCGAAGAGCGGCGCGCACGCGCACGGGCCAGGGUCGCCCGGGCGCUCGGUAGUGCAGGGGCGCGCACCGCCGCCCCCCCCUCUCUGCUGCGGGCGAGGGCGGCCGAGAGGCCGCCGGGGCGGGGUACUGCCCCCCUCCGGGGCUGUGCUGCGACGCUGUGGGUGGCCGGGCCCCAGCCGCUCCCGAACGGACAGGUCCCCCCAGCCGGGCAGUGUUACCCCCCCCCCCCCCAGCCGGGCAGCGGUAGCCCCCCAGCCAGCCAGCCUGCCCGCCCGGCACCUCGGACAUCGUCCCUUCUGUUUCCCCCUUCCCACCACCUGGCUUCAUAACGCAACAGCGAGUCUCAAGGCCCAGCAUGAGCUGUGUGAUGGUGCGGAUCUCCCGAGAUCACCCGAUCCCUGCCACGCUUCUCCUCGGGAGCAUCAUGUUAGCUUAACGAAGUAUCGGUGAAACUCGAUUUCACACAGCCGGCUUCCUCUUUGUCCCUGCUGUUCCUUCUGGCAAAAUCUUCCUUCUUCCAGCUGUGGCGUAAAAUUAAUGCUUAAGAUUUGAGAGGGCUGGCCAGGAGGUGUACCCUAACUAAAAGAACAUUCCUUUCAACUAAAGCCUGUGAUUGUUGCCAGCUCCCUGCUUCUGAGCUAAGAUAAUACUGGGUGUGCCACUCUCAUGGGCUCCACUGAGAGCCAUCCCUCCAUAGCGUCAUUUAUUGUUUGAUUCCUUCUUAGAAUUGUGGCACUUCGCAAGACACUUAAGGAGUCCAUCCUUCCCAGGAUGGAUACUGGGCUUUGUUAACAUCAAAAUUAUUGGGUUUUCUCGCCUUUUUCUUUUCUGAAACAGUAUAUAGGUUGGGUGUCUGCGACCACUUGGCAGAGAACAGGGAGUGGAGGGAGAUGCUGCCCAAAUGUUCUCUCACUAUGAUCAUAGUUAAUAACGCCUCU